AUGAAUAAUACAUUUUUUGGAGCGAAAAUUAUUCCAAAUAAUUACUACAAGGCACACACUCGUCACGACCUUGUACUAACAAGAGCUAUUUUGGAUCCAGAAGCUUCAGAAGAUGCCCAUUCUAGGCUUUUCCUUCAAAUAGAAAAGACAGACGGGCCAAUUGCUGAUCUUUAUGGUUCUCAAAAUAUUUCUCUCCCAUUAAAUAUACAUGUUUCUGCUGGAUUUCAAAUCACUUUUAGAGUCGCUGGCGAUGCACCAGUAUAUGUUUCGGGAUACUUCGAACCUGAUAGACAAAUGAGCAGAUAUCGUAAGGUAGAAGAUGAUAGUAGCUCAAAUCAUUAUUAUUACUCAGAUUCAGAAAAUAAUUCUGAUGAAGAAGAGGAUUCCAACGAUAACGAAGAAUCCAAUCAAGAAAGCGAAAAUGUAGACCCCGACGAGGUUGGAAGCUCAGAUGAUCCAAAUAAAAUUCCAAAAGGCUCGGAUCCUUUAAAUCCCGCAAAUGAAACAUUGGUUACCGAAUGGAAGUACACAGAAAAUAUACCUGAAAAGGCAUUACAAAAAAUUAUGAAAGGCGGUUUUUAUACAGAAGGAAAAACUGCAUAUGUUCUUCUAGAUAAGGUAGAUAGUAUGUCAAUAAGUAGUGCAGUACUAUCUGAAGGCAUUAAAGUCGUUCAUGCUGUUUACAUUAAGCCAGAUAUAAGACUCCUCAAUUUCAUUGCUCAUUUAUGUCGAAUUGAUGUCAAACUGAAAUACUCUACUAUUGUACAAGCAUAA